ACCAAGCCGCUGCACAACAGUUUCCUCACGCUGUUGCUGUACAGGUUAGUGUGGGACAGUGUAGUGUAAUCCAAGUUUAAUGUAUUUGUUUAUUGAGUCUUGACAAGACUUUUCAUCGCUAUAAAUUUGCGUUAAAUGCGCCAGCUAGCCAGUGAGCGUCAACAGCCGUUACGUUAGCUGUUAGCUUGUUAGCUGGGUGAGGGGUGUUCAGUUAAAUUCGCUGUUCGAGCAAAGCAUGCUACAUUAACUGUUUAUUUUGGCACCCUUAAUAAUAACAGGAAAAGGAUUGGGGGGAAACCUGUGAAGGUGUGAUGGAAAACGCGGUAGAGGAAACCGGUGAUAAGAAGACCGAUGUAUUCGUAAAAGGUGAAGCUGCCAUCAAACCAGAAUUUCUAACAACCAAAGACAAAUUUCAUGGGUUUAUAGACUCAGAGUCUACAAAAAGAGAAACGACCAGUGAAAAUGACAAAGUUGAGGAGAAAAAGGAGAGUCCUUUUGAGGAACCUGAAGCUAAAAAGCCCAAACUGGAGACGGAGGAGAGAAGUAAUGCGGGAAAACCAGAUGGUAAACGACUACGGGGACAGAAUAAGUCAAGGCCACACAUUAAGCCUACCACCUAUGAAGAAAAAAGACUGUGUCUCUCAGUUAUCAAGGACAAUAGGGAAUGCCCCUUUGGAGACAAAUGCCACUUUCACCAUGACGUAGCAGAGUACAUGGCCACUAAGCCCGCUGACAUCGGGGAAAGCUGCUACCUCUAUGACACAUUUGGGAAGUGUGGUUAUGGUCUUUCCUGCCGCUUCGCAAAGGCGCACACUACACCUGACUUCAAAACCAUGGAGAACGCAGAACUAAUUAAGUCCUGCGAGGGCAAGACCGUGGUGAAGAACAGCCUGAGUAAAGACCUCCAGAAUAGUCUGAGGAAGCGUUCUGUGGCCUUCAAGAAGUCAGCAGAGUACCUCAAAACUCUCUCAAACAACAAAGACAAAAGAGAACCGCAAGGAAAUGGUGAUGCAUGUGCACCUGCAGCCCCUGCAGAUCCAACAGGACUGGGGCAGCGUGCGUCAACUGAAGCAGAAACACAGGUACAGGCCAGCCCAGAUAAAGAGCCUCCAGUGAAGACAAUUGGCCCACUGACUGAUGUAGAUGUCAUCAAGUUGCGCCAAUGUGAAAAGAAACAGGUGGACUUUCAAGACAAGCUCUACCUUGCUCCUCUAACAACUUGUGGAAACCUACCAUUCCGUCGUGUGUGCAAGCGCUUUGGAGCAGACAUCACCUGCGGGGAGAUGGCCAUGUGCACGAACCUGCUGCAGGGACAGCAGUCAGAGUGGGCCCUUUUGAAACGGCAUGAAAGUGAAGAUGUUUUUGGCGUCCAGGUGGAAGGCUGCUUCCCCGACACCAUGACGAGGUGCGCAGAGCUCAUUAACAACAACACUGAUGUUGACUUUGUAGACAUCAACUCUGGAUGCCCAAUUGACCUUGUCUACAAAAAGGGUGGAGGCUGUGGCUUGAUGACACGUACCAGAAAGUUUGAACAGAUAGUCAAGGGAAUGAACUAUGUCCUUGAUGUCCCUUUGACAGUCAAAAUUCGCACUGGUGUUCAGGAGAAGUGCAACAUUGCACACAAACUCAUCCCUGAGAUGAAGAAAUGGGGCGUCUCAAUGAUCACAUUGCAUGGCCGAUCCAGAGAGCAGCGCUACACUAAGUUAGCUGACUGGGACUAUAUCACCUCCUGCUCCAAGCUGGCUAGUCCCGUCCCACUUUUUGGUAAUGGAGACAUUUUGUCCUAUGAGGAUGCCAUGAAAGCGAGGGAGACUGGUGUUUCUGGUAUUAUGAUUGCAAGAGGUGCUCUCAUUAAGCCUUGGAUCUUCACUGAAAUAAAGGAGAGCAGACACUGGGACAUCUCGUCCAGUGAGCGACUGGACAUACUGAGGGAUUUCAGCAACUUCGGCCUGGAGCACUGGGGCUCCGACACCAGGGGUGUGGAGAAGACCCGCACCUUUAUGCUGGAGUGGCUCUCCUUCAUGUGCAGAUAUAUUCCAGUGGGUCUGUUAGAGCGAGUGCCUCAGAAGAUCAAUGAGAGACCUCCGUACUACAUGGGCAGAAACUACCUGGAGUCGCUGAUGGCCAGUCAAAAUGUUGGGGACUGGGUCAGAAUUAGUGAAAUGCUACUUGGACCUGUACCGAACAAUUUCAACUUUUUGCCCAAACAUAAGGCCAACGCCUACAAGUGAAUUUCUACUUCACUACUAAAAAAACAAGCAGGUUUUUCUUUUGGCUCUAGAGAAUAAGAUUAAAAGAAAGGAAAUUAUUGUUUUAAAUGAUAAAGACUAUUGAAUAGUCUGCUUAUUUGACUUGUGGUGCAGUAGUAGACUAUAUGGGUGUUUCUGUUCUUGUACUGAAAGAAUAAACUCUUUUGCCUCCCCGAGAAAUUUCUCUUAUUUUACAUUUUUAAAAUAAGUUAAAGAGGCUGAAAGGUGUGAUAUCUGAACCAUCAUCAUGGAAGAACUUUAAAGCAUAAAAGUCCAGCAAUGCUCUGUGAAAUACAUUUGAUCAUAGCUGUUUACAAAAAGCUUUUCUUUUGGUGAUUGAAAUGAAAGCAAGCUGAGUUUAAUUAUUUCAGUCAGUGAAAUUAAUCAUUUAAAUGUUAAUGACAGCCUUUAUUAGAUACAACUGUAAAGUUUAAUCUAUUCAACAUCUUUGUGAUAAAAUGUAUUUGUGUGAUGCCUGCAAUAUGGUUUUUACUCAGAGCUGUUGAUUCUACUUUUGAGAUGGAGAGUAGAUUGUUUCAUAUUGUAUUUAAUCUAUUUUAAUGAUAAAAACAAAAAAAAACAUGAUCAUACUUUACAUGAGGAAGACAAUGACAAUAUUAGAGACACCUCCAAAUAUAAUGCAGCACCCAAAGGAAACCCCUGUGUUGAUUAAAAGUAUAACAAGCAAUAUCCAUGGUAUUUAAAAAAAUAAAAUAAUUCCAAUAAUUCUAA